CUAGACAAUUGAAAUACCUUGUCCAAGUCAUCGAGAGGCUUGUGGAUUGUAGCAAACCUAUCAUAGAUGCCCUUGAAUUUCCUAGUGAAGCUUUCAAUUGGUUCAUUGUCUCCCCUUUUGAUUGCUAACUAUCCUUUGAGAUGCGACUCUUGUCCUUUGGUAAAGCUAGAUAGUGCUCUUCAAGACAUUUCUAAACUUGAGAUGCUAUAUCGCAUCCAAUCACCAGAUUCAAUGCUUCCUCAUUCAUGGUCAUAGGCAACCAACUAGUUAGUAGUCCAUCAUUGUUUGGCCAUACAAUAAAGUCUGGAUUUGGCUCCUCCUCACAGUCCUUUAUGAUGCAUUUUUCUGGUACUCUUCCUUCAAGGUGAUGCAUCAGUUGGGCACUCCUAAUUAAUGAAAGGCAAAAAUAUGACAUAAGGACCCGAACUUACACAAAAUUCGUAAUUUUGGACCCGAACUUCAAUUGCACUCAAUUAAGGUCCUGAACUCCACAAAAUUCUCAAAUAAGGUCCCAAUUGGACG